GGAUACAUCAGUUCGGGCUGACUGAAAUUGUGACUGCUCUGGUUUCGUGAAACAGAAAUCCGGUUAACGGGGAUAAACGUUGAAGUCGACCAUCUGCUCAGGACUAGAAGUCAUGGCAGCAAACACCAGUUGCGCAAUGGGAGAUCUCAGUUCAGAAGAUCUUUUCAGAGACAUCGCCAAGAGUCCUGCCGCCAUCGCGGCCAUCGUUCUGCUGACAGCAACCUCCAUUCUCACCCUGGUGAUGUUUGUUGAGUCCGUCAUCAAUGUGAACAAGAAGAUCCCUAACAGCAGACGCAGGGUUCGGCUCAUAGUACUCAUGGGAAUAUACCCGAUGAUGUCGCUUACUUCAAUGAUAUCAUUGUACAUUCCUGCGGCACAUCUCCUUAACAGUCUCGUAGCGUCUGUGUAUUUCUCGGUGGCGCUGUUCCAGUUCAUCAUGCUCAUCAUCGACUACUACGGCGGCAAGGUGGCCGUAGUUGAGAAGCUCAAAGACCGUCAAGUCUCGCUUGCCAGCCCACCCUUCACUUGCUGCUGCCCGUGCUGUUUGCCAAAGAUAACCAUUACACCAUCCAACCUGCGUAAUCUGAGGCGUAUAGUGAUGCAAGUUGCCUUUGUUCGACCGUUCUUGUACUUCAUCUCGUUGGUGCUCUGGACUGAUGGAAAAUACACGCACGGAAAGAUUGCCCUUGACGAGCCCUAUAUCUACAUCCUCACCGUCUCCUCUUUGUCUGGCCUCCUCGCCCUCUACGGUAUCAUCCUCUUCCUCACCGUGUCCCUGGAGCCCCUCCGCUCCUACCGCAUCCGUCCCAAGUUUUUCACCGUGCAGAUGGUGUUGAUCAUCAUCAGCUCCCAGAACCUCAUUUUGGCUAUCCUGGCAGACGUAGGCGUCAUACCGUGUGUGGCGCCUUUCAGCUCAGACUCCCGGGCCAACUAUAUCGGCGACAUGCUGAUAAUCGUGGAGAUGCUGUUUUUCGCGAUUCUCAGCCGCAUGUACUUCCGCGGUCGCUUCGGUAACGUCGACCUCAUCGACGAGAACGCCCCCAUUGGUGGUCGGCUGACGACUUUUGGGCCCUACGCCGUGGUGACGAUGGAACAGGAGAAACCCUGUGGGCCACUCGACGGGAAUAAAGUUGAGGUGAAUGGAAACACUCAGUAUAAGAUCGGGAAAGAAAAUCCGGAUCAACAAACAAUCAAGCCGAAACAAGACGAGAGUGAAACCACUGAAGCUUGAAUUGACUCGCCGAGCAAGUUCGGUAUUGCAUCAGCGCAUGCCUAACUGGUGCACUGUCUUUUGGGGGGAAAACAUUUAGAAGUAAAUGUAGCCAUGAACGCUGACUGGUACGCGUGCUUUGUUCUAGAAUGGACUUGCCUUUUAAAAAAACCGAACUGGCAAUUCAGUAUAGGGGCUGGAUAAUGGUUGGCCGGACCAUCAGCUAGGACAUUAACUAGAACUAUGAAAAUGUAAGCUUUUCCCCAAACCAAAUUUUUGCUCUCGGCAGUCCCGUCAUUUUGACCUCAGUCCAUUAGAAGUACUUUUGUACAUACAUGUAGAAUUCAUACGGUAACAACGCUGACAAAAAUAAUGAAACUUCUACAGUUCAGGCAAAAAUGAUCUUGAGCAUGAACAAGUUAUAUUCCCCAGUCCAUAUUAUAUUUGCAGUUAUUCGUGUUGACAGCCUGAGAAAACAAGUAGGUUUAUAUUUUACUGUAUUUUCCAUUAACCAUAAUUAUUUCUCAUAAAAAUUAUUAUAUCACAUAUUGAGUGUAAUCUGAAUAUGUUUUAAAGGAAAGAUACAACUCAUUAGCAAUUUAAAAUCUAAAUAUAAACACAAUAAGACAAGUAUGAUUCGAUAUUUAUGGAUUUAUUUUAUUAGGAAGAAUGCUAUUGGUUAGUGUUUUGGUAACGGUGUCUAAUUUGUUGUCAUUAACAAUACCGUUGUUUGAACAUCUUGUAUAAGAAAAAUGAACGAUACUGAGAAUGAAUGACUACACCACUUUUGUAGAGUACUUUAUUGAGUAUUAACCCUUUGUGUAUUUGUAUAAAUCAAGUUCUUGAAACUAAGCAAAGGAACGAAGUAAACGGGAUUGUCAGUAAAGCAUGCAAGUUCAGCCCUUUUUAUUUUUCUAUUGCACGUUAAACCUCGGGGUAUCUGAAACUCGAAUCCUAUUUAACUACCAGUCAUUUAAUUGUAUAUCUCUGAGAUAUGCUGCGCCAAUUUCCAUGUAUGUUUACUUUUCAUCUGUAGCAAUAUCCUUAGCGUACCUUUUCGCAUAGGCACAUUGCUAUGUGAGAAUUUUUCAGUGGAAGUCUGUUACCGGUAACUGAUUCAAAACGGCAGAGUUUCAGAUGAUAAAUUAGCGUAUGAGACAGUGCUUUGAAUAUUACUGCAUUCAUUGGCAAGUUGCCUAUUUGCUGCAUUUAGGCCAAUACGCUAAACUUCGCUUUAAAGAAAAUCAGUUUCGGCACAAAAUUCCAUCAAUUAAAAGUGUACGCGUAAACAGUUAACUUGGUGUUAAAUCGAUUGAACAUCUUCGAUAUCCACAAAGAAGAAAACUUUACUAACGUUGUCCUGUCAUGAUUAGUCUUUUUUCCCAUCAGUGUAAGUUACCAGUUUUAUAUCAUAUGUUAUGUUUUAACUGAACAGGCAUUGGUGUCAAAAGCGCUCCGUCAAAAGCCUUGAGCAGUGCUAUGGCAGAAAUCAGAGAGCAUAAAUAAACAGGCCAAGUCGGUGAAGGGAUCAAUUCUCACAAUUACGUUUCAAAACAGAAUAUCAAUAAAUCUCUAGCAGAUCAAUUUUGCUCCCUCCAGGACCGAAUCCAGCUGGUUAUUGGACUGCUUCUGUAUGUUCACGACUCGGGUCAAGGCAAGAGCGGACACAGUUGCUGUUCAUUGACGACAGGAAGACUCUAUAAACGUGUUUCAACAUGACAAUUUAAUACGGGACAGAAUUACGAUCGAAUUCACACAUACUUCGGAGUUUUCAAACUGGCACAGGAAAUUAGUUCUCUCGGAGUACUUUUCGUUAAAUUUCUACAUUGGUCUUUGCAUGCAUUCUUUUCAAUUUCUGAUACAAAACCCGCGUCUGCGACGAUAUGGGCUUGCGUAUUAAACCAAAUGGCGAAAUCCAAGCCGUACACUAUACAGCCACAAGGCAUUAAAGGUAAGGUUCUGAUUAGAAAGAUUACUGUUUGGUAGGUGUUGAUUAGUCGUUAUCAGAGAGUCAGUCAGCGUCGUCUACCAUCCCACUCCAUUUCUCACUGUAUAGGGCCUAAAGCGUUGAUUUUUGACUAAGUCACAUCAUCAGUUCUCAAGGCGUGUGGUGCAACGGCUAAAGUUUUUGCUAGCCACAGACAAUUGAUUUUGUCCCUCAUGGUCCCUCGUAGCAAGGUUGGUGAACUCAUCAUACUUACACAAAAUUCGCAUUGCAUCUCUUUUCGCCUCGGGCGUUCAAAGGCUCUCGAAAUUUACCAACAAGUCUUUCGUGUGUUCUUGUAGGCAAAACAGUAACAUUGGAUACAAAAGGCAAGAAUUACAGAUAACAAUAAAAAUAACAAAUGAUUAAAA